AGAUGGAUAUAGAAUAUUGGAUUUGGAUUUAUGCCCUUUUGUUAGCAACCUAUUUCUGUGUGAUCAAUUUUGUGUGGAGGUUGAAUGAAUGUUACUAUAACAUAAAAUUAAGAAAGAAACAAUACCCUCUUCCUCCUGGUGAUUUGGGAUGGCCUUUUGUAGGAAAUAUGUUGGCCUUUAUUAAACAUUUCAAAUCUGAUCAUCCUGAUUUAUUCAUCAACGACCUUGUUUCCAAGUAUGGACGAAUCGGUAUCUACAAGAUGCAUUUAUUUGGAAGUCCAAGCAUCAUUAUUUGUGACGCUGAGAUGUGUAGACGAGUGUUGACAGACGAUGAGACCUUUAAAAUCGGUUAUCCAAAAUCCACCAUUGAAGUUGUGAGAUGUAAAUGUAUUUGGAGUUUGUCUCGAGAAGAACACAAGCGUUUUAGACGAUUAAUCUCUUCUCUUACCAUCGGCCAUAAUACAUUAGAAACAUACCUAUCAUGCAUGGAGGAUAUUGUGGUUAAUUCUCUAGACGAAAUUUCUAGUAUGAAUGAGCCGGUUGAGUUUUUGAAAGAACUGAAAAAUAUUUCCUUUAAAAUCAUCAUUGAUAUCUUUAUGGGCUCUUACAAUCAACAUAUUAUCACCAAAAUAGGAAAUUCUUUUACUGAAAUGCAUAGGGCUUUGUUCUCUUUGCCGGUAAAUCUUCCCGGAUUUACUUUUCGUAAAGGAAUCAUGGCACGCGAGAAGCUGGCGAAAUUAGUUAAACCUAUUGUGGAAGAAAGGAGGAGGAUGAUAAAACAUGGUGAAAGGAAAGAUCUCCUUGAUAUGUUUUUGGAAGCAAAGGAUGAAGAUGGUUGGAAACCAGAAGAUGAAGAUAUUAUUGACAUAUUGAUAGGGAUUGUACUUGCUGGCCAUGACAGUACAGCUAGUAGUAUGAUGUGGUCAAUGAUGUAUCUUACACAAAAUCCACAUAUUUUGGAAAAGGCCAAGGAGGAGCAGGAGGAGAUCAUGAAGAACAGACUGCCCAUGCAGAAACAUUUAAAUUUAAAGGAUAUUAAGAAAAUGACUUAUCUUUCUCAUAUAAUCAAUGAAUCAAUGAGACUUAAGAAUUCCAAUUUUGCAAUUUUUCGAGAAGCAACUAUAGACGUUAACAUCAAUGGUUACAUUAUACCGAAAGGAUGGAAAGUGUUAACUUGGACAAAAGCUAUUCAUAUGGAUCCUACUUAUUAUCCAAAUCCAUAUGAAUUUAAUCCAUCUAGAUGGAAUGCUUGAGAUAGUGAAUCCAAAAUGUCCCAUUACUAAUUUAUCAUCACCCAAACCCAUUGACAAUUGUCUUGCUAAGGUGAUAAAGGUCUCAAGCAUUGCAUAGUUAUUGGAGUGGAAAAUAAAUUUCCAAAGUCUCUUGGUUUGGAAAUAAACAGUUGCUUCUUAUUAAUUACACAUGA